AUGGAGAACAAUCAAGGCUUCUCAAGCUUCGAAGGAGUGCAGGCAGGAAUCUUGAGCGAGUUGUACAAAGAGUUGAAGAUAUCCACUCGCCUGCAAGACUUUGGAGUCAUCGAAGAGAUCAAAGAGAGCUUCUCUGGGUCCCUCCAGCGAAAUGCAGCCUUGUUCGAGUUCUUAGAUUUUGAUUACUCUCAGAGCUCUGCAAACAGCAAUCGUGAGACGUUCUCAGAGAGAUAUGCUCGAUGCUUUGUUAGCAGUCCAAUGGAGGACAUGCAGGAGGAGCGACGGCUCUUGUCUGAAGAUGUAUUCCCAAGGAUCCGAUUGCAAUGUCUGAGCCGAGGAGUCCAUUUCGUCGAAUGUGACUUCGGAUGGAACGUGAGUGAUGAUACAGCUUAUGAGAGGUCACGAGUCGAGCAUCGCAUGUUAGAAAUCAGGCAGAAUGUCAAGACAUACUUCAUCGGGGUGGUGGGAGAUCGACUUGGAAAGACCUUUCAUGUUGAGAGCACGGCUGAGCAUAGAAACGAUCUCAAGUUGAACAUGAAUCAAGAACUCUUUGUUGAUCUACAGAUACAAGAUGCUUCCAAGAUGAAAUCUUUGUCAUGUGAAACCUUGAGGGAGAAGGAAAGAUUGAGUCGACUAAAAACCAAGUUGAGAAGCUCGAGGGGAGUUCUUGUCAGGGAAGAUUACAAAAAUCCUUCGGAAUUUGCAGAACUGGUCUACAAAGAUUUGAUGGCUCAGAUUGAGAGGGACUUUGCUCUGGCAUCGGAGGAGAGAUUUCAGGAGGAGGUGGAUGCGCAUAUGGUACUUGAGUUUGAAGAGUCUGUGGUGCAUUUCUUCGAGGGUCGUGAAGAUGAAAUGAAUGAGCUGGACCAGAGAGUGCUUGGGCUUCAGACAUUCAAGCAUCCGACCAUCGUUGUAGGCAGUGAAGGCUGCGGGAAGACAGCCUUUCUCGUUGCUUGGAGUCAGCGGUUUCAAAGCUCAAACGCGUUUGACUUGUUUUUCCGUCAUUACUGUUCCAUGAACAACGAGAUGAGACAGUGGACGUUCAUGAUACGACGUCUGUUGCAAGACAUCAAGAAGCGGUUCGGUCUUCGAAAGCAAGUGCCAGACGAUCACGAGCUGUUGCCUGGAGCAUUUGCGAUGUGGAUCAACAUACUGUCAUCGAUAUCAGCGAGAGCUAUUCUCAUGAUCGACGGCGUUGAGAAACUCUGCCCUGUGUUGACAGACGACAAACCUGAAGGAGAAAUCGCUGCAAGCUCAAUCAAGGCAAGUAAAGAUGAGCUUGACUUGGACAUCUGGAUGCCAAAACAAGUUCCCAGUUCUGUUCGGAUCGUGUUGUCAACAACUCCACAAUCUGAUGCAACGACGAAGCUUGUUGCAAGGAAAUGGAACAUAUACGAGUUGAGAUCACUGGAUAUGAAAGAGAAACAUUCAAUCCUCGAAAGAUGGAUGAGAUCUAAGAACAUCUCAAUGCCGGAGAAGUUGCAGGAGAGACUCACUGAAAGGACCUCAACCUCCAACGCUCGUUUCUUCACGUCGGUGCUAAGAUCGAUUCAAACCACCCAUGACCUUCGCCCUUCUGGCUCCUACGGCUCCUUCUACAACUUGCGAAGCAUAGAAGAGCUCAACGCUGCACUGCUGGCGCGCUUGGAGCGAGGGUGUGAGGUCGUGGGUCUGUGCGAGGAGAUGCUGACCUGUGUCAGCUUGUCUCGCCGAGGGCUGAGCGAGUUUGAGCUGCUCCGCCUGCUGCAGGUGCCUCGUGCCUUCUUCUCCAAGUUGUACAUCCACGUGCGCGGCUUCUUCAAGGUCCUCGGGGGGCUGAUGAGCUUCGACAACAGCUCCCUUGAGGAGGCGAUCAGGCGAAAGUACCUGAAACAUCCUGAGACUAUCAAGUCCUGCCGCCUCCGCAUCGCUGCCUCGUUCACCAGCAGGAGUCUCUCCUUCCGGACCGUCGAGGAGGUUCCAUGGCAGUUGUUCCAGUGCAAACGAUGGCAGGACCUUUGCAAUCAGCUCAUGAGCCCUCCGUUCCUGCUGAAGCUGGUGCAGCACCCCAAGGGAAAGGCUGACCUGGUGUUCUACUGGACGUACCUCGGCUCGGAUCUCUUUGGCGCCAUCAACAUCAUAGACAGGUGUGAGGAAUGCGUUAGACAAGCGUCGGAGCUCGAGUUCGAUCUCAAAUCCCGUGUCGAGCUCAUCAACUCCAUCGCAGAGCUGCUGCACAGGAUGCGAUAUCAUGACAUCGCGCUGUCGUUCUACAAGCGAGCAAGGGAGGCUGAAGAUCAAGAGCUAGGGCUUCCUUUCCUUGCGCACGUUCAAUACAUGCUGGUAGAAGCAAGGCUCGCGGCGGACAAAGGCGAUUUCCGGGGCUCGAAGCUAAUUUUCUGGAGAGCUGUUGAAAUGCUGAAAGAAGAAGUAGACGAAGACAACGACGGGAACAUAACAUAUGAAGAACUGAAGAACUCGAGCGCAGGGACGUUGUUCCUCGACACAGAAGAAGAGUUUGUGUACAUGCUGUGGGAAGCAGGAUCAUACAGCGAGCUUGAAGAGAUCUGUCUGACGAUGUUGAAGCGAGAAGAAGACCGGCCAACCAACGAGCUUCUCCUCUUCGACAGCCUCGUGCAUGUCUACCUGGAGCGAGGGAAGAAGGACUCAGCUUUCAACUUCAUGCAGACAUGCGUAAGGCAAGUUCCCAACCAGUGCCGAGAAGAGUUCGUCCACGUGCUCUCGAGGUUCCUCGCGUUCUUGAGUGUCUCCCAACGGCACGUGGAGCUCGUCAGCUUCGUCGAGUCUCAAGCCCAGCUGCUGUCCGAGCUGUCGCAAUCUGACCCCGCGAAGUUCAGGAUGGACCUGGUGGACCCUGCCGUCCUCUAUGCCUUCGCCCUCAGCCGCUGCGGACGAGGGGAGGCUGCGCUCGAGGUCCUCAAGACGUGCCUGCUCAAAGUGAACCCGCUCCCUGACGCGGAGGAUGAGGAGAGUGAGAGCGAGACCGGCAGCGACGCGUCCUCGGAGUUCGAGGAGGAACGAGAGGAGGAGCUGGGGGCAGACGAGCGAGCGGCUGGUUCGAUCAUUACGAGCGCGAUGAUCUACGAGGUUGCUAGCGUGAUACACCGACAGCUCUUCGAGUUCGACAUCUCGGAGCACCUGCUAAAGAGGUCGAUCUUCAUCAAGAAGAUUGAGUUCGGAUCUCUCGACCCCUCUGUCGCCUUGUCUGUCGGAGAGCUGGCAGACCUCUACGAGUCUGUUCGCAACAAGGAGAUGGCGCUGAAGAUGCGAGCGAUCGCUUGUGCUGUCAUGUCGCAAAGUCAAGGGAGCCGGUCGCUGCUCUACUACAAGGCGCUUCUUGCUCAGGCUGUCAGCUUCUGGAAGUUCGGGAGUCACGACGCGGCGCUGAAUGUCGUCAGGACGAUCAUCGCAAACGUCGAGAACCAGUUCGGGUCCUCGCACGAGCUGCUGAUGCAGGCGAACAACCUGGAGGCCCUCGUGCUGCUGGCGGUCGGAGAGCUGCGGCAAGCGGAGGAGGUAGUGGAGAGAAACAUCCGCACGUGCCGCGCCCUCAAGUCCGAGUCUCAUCCUGACACCCUCGUUGCCGAGAACUGCCUGGGUCAGAUCCUGGAGCUGAGAGGAGACUUCGAGCUGGCUGAGCUCAAGUACAAGGAGGUGAUGGGGCGGAGGAGGGAGGCGAUGGGGAGCAUGCACGAGUACCUGCUGCAAGACGUUCUCAGCCUGGUCCUCCUCUACUCAAGACUGGGAGCCUUCAAGGAGGCUCAGGAGCUCGUCAGAGACAACUUGCCCUCUGUGAACGCGUUCCAUGCUCCCGACUCACUGCCCAUGGCCGCCAUGUUGGACGUGCUGACGGUCACGGAGCUAGCAGGAGAGGGGAGGGCCGAGCGAGGCCUCGACCCCCGCGCGAGUGUCUCGAGGUCCUUGAGGAUACGGAGCAAGCUCCUUGGCAAGGGCUCCGACCUGUUGCUGCUGUUCGCCGCCAUGCACGGCCUCCUCCUCGUCCACUCAGAUCACUUGAGGAUGGGAUGCCAGCUGCUACAGGUGGCUGCGGACCUGGCAAGAGGCUCGAGAGUCAUCUCUUCUACCCUCAAGAGUAUGAUCAGAGAGAGCCUGAGCAGGAGCACGGAGCGAGCGCGGGCAAGGGACCCCACGUUCUCCCUGUCGCAGUACAAGAACCCCUGGGAGCUGGAGGCGCAGGCCGUCGGUCUCAGCAGCACCUCAGAAUACUUCAUGUCGCUGCUGCUGGGGAAGAAGGUGAUGAAGGGAUACAGCGAUCCGAUGCCGCAGCUGGAUGAAGCAGCUUCGAGCUCAGCUGGGGUGGAGGAGCUUCUAGAGCGGGUGCAGGAAGGGAGAGGAGGAGGAGUGAGGCCGCGCUCUGCCUCCUUGUUGAGGAAAGAGCCUCCCAAGGCACAGAGCGUGGAGGUGAAACGGCCUAAGACUGCUCACGUGAUGAGGAUGAAGCAAGAGGAGAUGGACUUGUCCCCUCGAACAGAACGGGCGUGCUGAAGUUGGCAGUUUUAAUUCCAUUUCUUAUCUUGUUUCUCAUUCCCCUCCCUUUCCUCUUCCUUUCCUUGUCCUUCUCCUCUCUCGCUGUCUCGUUAGCAUGCUCUCGUGUGUAAAUAUCUCCACG